AUGAACAAAUUAUUAGAAUGGUAUGAUCAAAUAUUGCUUAUUCUAAAAGAGGAGAAAGUAUUUGGAUGCUUAACCAACCCAAAUGAAAUAGAACUAGAAGAUGACUUUCAAAAAUCCUUAAACAAACAGAUUGAUGAUAUUUUCUGUGAUACCUUGAUGUUGAAAAACGAAAAUGAGGAGGUAAACGACAUGUUUAGAGACAAAACUGCCAGAGAAGUAUUUAAACAUGUCAGAGAAGAAAUUGAAAAAACUAGAAUCCAAAAGAAGUCAGACAAAUUCAUAGAUUCUGUAAUUGACACCCGAAUUUUACUGAAUGAAAAACAUGAUUCGAGAAAAAGUUAUUCAAAUCCACUUAUGAUAAAGCCAACUCUUUCAAAACUGAAGGUAAGUAUGGUUUAA